AUGUCUGGCAGAGACGCCUCUUCGCGGCGUCAGCCGUCGGAUCACCCCGACGGCGCGGCUUCCUCUUCUCGUUCUUCCAGCCGACAUCCCUCCCGAUCGGGCUCGGUACACCGUACCAAAGAAUCGACAAAGCAGCCUGUUCGUAUCGGUCAGUACAUCUUGCAGCAGACACUCGGAGCUGGCUCAUUCGGCAAGGUCAAGCUCGCUACGCAUGCACUCACAGGACACCGCGUCGCCAUGAAGAUCAUCAACCGUCGCAAGAUCUCGAGCCUUGACAUGGGAGGUCGCGUCAAGCGCGAGAUUCAGUACCUCAAGCUGCUGCGUCAUCCUCACAUCAUCAAACUGUACGAGGUCAUCACCACGCCCAACGAUAUCAUCAUGGUGAUCGAAUAUGCUGGCGGCGAGCUCUUCCAAUACAUUGUCGAUCGAGGCCGAAUGCCCGAACACGAGGCGAGGCGCUUUUUCCAGCAGGUCAUCUGCGCAAUGGAGUACUGCCAUCGACACAAGAUUGUACAUCGCGAUCUCAAACCCGAAAACUUGCUGCUAGACGAGUACCUCAACGUCAAGAUCGGCGACUUUGGGUUGUCCAACAUCAUGACCGACGGGGAUUUUCUCAAGACGAGCUGUGGAAGUCCCAACUAUGCUGCACCCGAGGUAAUCUCUGGAAGGCUGUAUGCCGGACCGGAGAUCGAUAUUUGGUCAUGUGGUGUGAUCCUGUACGUGAUGCUGUGCGGCAGGCUGCCAUUUGACGACGAGUACAUUCCGACGCUGUUCAAAAAGAUCAACAACGGCAUCUAUACGCUUCCAAGCUAUCUUUCGCAGGAAGCGAGGCACUUGCUCAGCCAGAUGCUCGUCGUAGAUCCGGUCAAGAGGAUCACAAUCCAAGAAAUCAGGCAGCACCCGUGGUUCAACGUGGAUCUGCCAGCGUACCUUCGACCUCUGCCGCCGACCCCGGCGACAGAAAACCACGGAUUCCACUUUGGCAUGACUGCAUCGCCUGCUGAUACGGGCUCGCCGGCCGAUGUCACAUCACCGACCAAUUCGAGCUCAGCGGCCAAUAGCGGCGCAUCUUCACAGACGUCGGCUCCGGCCAGUCGACCAGGCAGCCAGCCGAUCGUGACAGGCGACCUGGGCACGAUCGAGAAUGACAUUGUUGACGAGCUUGUCGGCAAGAUGAUGGGAUUCAACCGCGACGAGUUGAUGCAUCACCUUACCGAGAAGGGAGACAACCAGGUCAAGGUGGCGUAUCAGCUGGUGCGUGACCAUCGACGAAUGUUGCAGAUACAUCAUAUGGAGGAUGCACACGGUAUGGAGACGUUCCUUGCACAGAGUCCGCCUGCGUGGAACGAAGGGCUCGAAGGCUUUAUGGGCCGAUCCACCAGCAUUCGACGCAAGAACCGCGACAAGGAAGCUGCAGCUGUCACAUCCAAUAAGGAUCAAGUCCCGCCCUUGCCGACGUCGGCGCAAGCGCAUGUACACGCGCAAGCACAAGCACAAGCUCACGCAGCGGUGUCGGGUGCUGGAGAAGAUGAGGGCGACUCGUUCACCGCGGAUGUUGCAGAGCCGGAGCCGUCCGACGAUGGGAAUGAUACUUUGGCAAGCGACGACGACGACGUGCUGACCGACGACGACGGCCAACUGACCGACGUGGAAGAUGGUUCGGCUGAGAGGAUUGUCAGGAUUGCCGUACUCGAGACGUCUCUGCCAGGCUUCUUGCGAGCGAGAGAGGCCGAGAGACUGGCUACGCCAUCGGCAGAAAAGACGUCGUGGCCGGCGUGUACGCCCAUCGCUAGUGCGGCAACCGCGGCACUUGCACAGGCAUCCACGGCGCAGAUGCACAAGAAGCCGCGCUCGCGAUGGCACUUUGGUAUCCGAUCACGCAGUCCGCCCAUGGAGAUCAUGCUGGAGCUGUAUCGAACGCUGCAGUCGCUGGGGAUGGAAUGGAGAGCCAAGCCGGCGGCGAAGCAAGCCAAAGGCAGCGGAGGCGAUGGAGCAGCGGGAGCCGACGAUGCCAAGGAGAAGGGCAAGAAUGCAAGCGGCUCAGCGGUCAGCAAGGGUGAAGAGCUGUUCUUCCUCGAGACGAGGUGGAAGGUAGGCCACGUGCUCGUGCGCAUGGAUCUGCAAUUGUAUCAUGUGGACGCUGCCAAUUACCUCGUCGAUUUUCGAAAUGUGGGGUACACCACGCAGGAGACCUCUUUCGGCUCGGACGAUGAACACGAUGGACACGACGAUCAGAGGGACAGCGCUGGGAACAAGUCGGCAGCCAUGGAAGACGGAGCGGGCGGAGCAGGCGGAACGGCGAUUAUGGAUGUGAGCAAGCUGGAAGCUGCGUUUGACAAAGCCAUGACCGAGGCGCAGCAAGCGAUGCAGGAUGGCGAGCACGCUGGACAGCACCGUUUCGACGGUACGAGGAUCAAGCCGAGCCUGGCACCGGCAGUCCCGGCGGGCCGAAAGGAGGUCAACAGUCCGUUUUUGUUCCUGGAGUGUGCUACGCGGCUCAUUGUCGAGUUGGCGGGUGGCGCGUAG